AUCGUGAACGUCGAUGCGAACCGGCUCCUGACGCUCCACUGACAGCAGACAUGGCUGACCAGAAACCUCCAAAGUCUGAUGCUCCGUUCGCCACCAGGAUAGACCCAACCAAAGAUAGUCUUUCCCGGGAACAGAUGCAUUUCAUCAGGCAGGUGGAGCUGGAACAGUGGAAGAAGAAAUCAUCAAAGCUGCGGGCGCGGAACGUUGUGACGGGAGUCGCGAUAGGAGCGCUCGUGCUGGGUAUUUACGGCUACACGUUUUAUUCAGUCUCUCAGGAGCGGAUCAUGGACGAGAUCGAUGAGGAGGCCAAGCGUGCCAGACUGCAGGGACCAAAGACUGGAGCCAACUGAGGCGAGCAGGGCGCCGGCCUCUUCAUGGACCGUGUGCUCUGUCCAGCAUUUAAUCAGGAGAGGACAGAUGAUGCCACAGAGUCAUAUUCCAUGUCUGGCUGCUGUUUUUUUUUUUUUAUGAUUUGAGGCAGAGCAGGACUUUGUUUUGUCUUGAAACUGGGGAUUAAAGGGGUGGUUGUUUUGGUUCAACUAUUGUUUGAUUUGUCCCGAGCUUUGUUAAGCUUCUCUUCCACGGAAAAGACUAAUCCACCGACCUCACCGUGGCCUUUCAAGGCUACAUGGAAGGCCCUGAUGGUAUUUCUGUCUGACGUUUCCAGCUCUGAUCAUGUAAUCACUCCGUGUUAGAGAAGAACAAAAGCUGCCUGUUAACAUUACUACUACAGUGGCCUUCAAGGAAGAGAGAAUGCUCGUGGCGCUGGUGAAAAGACACACGAAUCAGCUUGAUAAAAAUGUUAUUUAUGUUGAUUAAAAUGUGUUUGUACGAUACAAAUCUAAUGUGUUGGAUUGCAAAAUAAUGUCAUAUCUUGAAAAGUUGUCCGUGUUAAUGUUUCUGUAAGUAAACAUGACAAAGGAGC